ACUCUCCCUUUCAUCAUCUAUCAACUUUCACUCUCUCUUUUGCUAUUCUUUCGCUACAUUCUCUCAAAUUUCCAUUUCACUGAGGUGCAUAUAUUUUGUGGGUUUUGAUCCUUAGCUGCUAAAAUCACCUCUAAACUUAGCAAAGAUGGCUAUUUCUCAUUUAAUUGAGCUAUUUUUGCUUAUAGAGGUGACAAUUUUCAGUGCUCAAUUUAGUGUACAUGCUCUUAGUAUGGAUUAUUAUGGUAUGCAAUGUCCAUUCACCGAAUCGAUAGUGAGGAAUACAGUUAGUAAAGCUUUGCAGAAGGAUCCCACUCUUUCGGGCCCUCUCCUGAGGAUGCAUUUCCAUGAUUGCUUCGUAGAGGGAUGCGACGGGUCAAUUCUGAUUGAUUCAACAAAGAAUAACAAGGCGGAAAAAGAUUCCCCUGCAAAUCUAAGCUUGCGUGGCUAUGAACUCAUUGAUGAAAUUAAGGAAGAAAUAGAGGAUCAAUGCCCAGGAGUCAUUUCGUGCGCGGAUAUAGUUGCAAUGGCUGCUAGGGAUGCAGUCCUUUGGGCUGGGGGUCCUUUGUAUGAUGUGCCCAAAGGAAGAAAGGAUGGGACAAGGUCCAAAAUAGAGGACACGAUCAACCUACCACCUCCCACUUUCAACGGCUCAGAUCUCAUCAAGGCAUUUCGUCAACAUGGUUUUAGUGUUCAAGAAAUGGUGGCCUUAUCUGGGGCUCACACAUUAGGUGUAGCAAGGUGCUCCUCCUUCAAGAACCGCUUGAGCAACUUUGAUUCGACGGACGGCGUCGAUCCGACCCUCAAUUCGAAUUUUGCGAAGACAUUGUCCCAAAAAUGCAAAUCAGGUGAUAAUGCAGAGGCACCGUUUGAUCGGACUCGGAUCACAUUUGACAAUGACUAUUACAAUGCCCUUCAAUCGGGCAGUGGGCUGUUAACGUCCGAUCAGACUUUAUAUGGGAGCCCCAGAACAAGAAGCAUCGUGAAUGGUUAUGCGAUGAAUCAAGCCAGGUUUUUCUUCGAUUUCUCGCAGGCAAUGGUGAGAAUGGGCCAGAUCGAUGUUAAGGAAGACAAUGAAGGAGAAAUACGUCUAAAUUGCCAUAAAAUUAACUGAUGGCGGGCCGCUUCGCUAGAUAUGAUUGAAUUUUAUCAUUGUACACAUGUUUUAUUAGCUUAAUUAUGAUGUAUGAAUAAAAGAGAGUAGAAUAAGUGUGUUUGGAUGCUCGAUGGAAUAGGAUUGUGUUUCAUCCCAUUCAUUAUAAGGAAGAUAAAACUUUGAUACUCUAG